GCUUGAAACACUUUCUCUUCUGCUAAACCCUAACCGGUGCUCCAUUUUGCGGAGCCUUUCGGUGACAGAGCUUUUUUGAAAAAAAUUUCAACUGUCGUCUUGGGAUUUUCAAACACUUUCGGACUCUUUGUUUAUUGGGUAGUCUUCGUUUCGUUUCAUAUAGCUAAAAUCUGUAUUUGUAGUUUCAUACACUGAAGUUUUUGCUCUGGUCGAGACUGGCUUUACCCUGGAGUUUGAUUUUGUUGGAGCUUAAAAUCUACAUUGCAGCUGAAACUAAGCAGGUCCGAUUCGCAUUGAAGCUUGAUUUCCAGUUCAUCUUGCUUUUCAGCUUUUUGGUCAUUUUAGUUGCCAAAAUAUAUGGAAGCACAGGUAUCAGAUAGGGGUUUUGAAGCUGAAGUUUUUCAAACUGAAUUGAAUUCCACUUCUAUGAUUUUGGAAGCGAACACUGUACAAGCCUGAAGCUUUUUGGGUUUCACCUUAUACAUUGAAUGGCCCCAAACUGCUGAUAGCGAUACUCGUCUACUAAGGAGCAACUGAAAAUGGAGGGCUCAACUGGCGUGGAUGUAAGUGAGCGGACUAGUGACAGCGGUGAGGGAAAUGAGAGGCUGGGUGAUUGUAUAGUUGAGGAAAUGGAAUCCCUUCUGGUAGACAUCGACGAACGGCUCACUAUCUCUAGGAUGGUGAGCGACUCUGUCAUAAAAGGCAUGAUUAAUGCAGUUGAGCAAGAGGCAGCUGAGAAAAUUUCCCAGACAGAAAUGGAGUUGGUUGGACUUAAGGAAAAACUACACAGUUAUCAUGUUGGUGCAGAUGCAACUAUAAAUCAUCACGUAUCUGAUACUAUUGUAAAUCACAAUGGACCGCUAGAGUCUGUUGAGAGCAUUCAACUUGUAGUUAAUGGGCUGUUGAAGCAGCUUAAGAAGGAAAAUGAUAAAAUUGGAGGGAAUAAUUCCUUCAGAAGAAUUAGUUCAGGCUCUCAGUUAGUAGGAUUAAGUGGUAUUCUGCAUGAGGAGGUUCCAGAAAGAUGGAUUUAUGUUGAUAGAGCCAUUGAAAAUCUAACCGCUACUCUUGAAACCUUCUACCAAAAGAUAGAAGUAAUAACUCAGUCAUCAAAGGCAUCCCUUUCUGAGUGGCAGCAGGAGCAGGAGUUCCGGUCAGAAAUUGAAGAGAUGGUGAUCAGCAAUUGUAUCCGGAGUUUGCAGGGAGAGUUUGAACAGACAUUAUGGGAUCAAAAUGCUCAAAUUUGUAACUCUGAGAAUGGAAAUUGGUUUCACAAACUUGAAGAGAUCUCAAGUCUACGGCAGGAAUUGGAGGUACUUUCCAAAGCACUAUCUGUCUCAGAAACUGGGCUGCUUCUCUCUCAUGGAUCCCUGGAGAAUGGUGACGAAUGUUGUGAUCAUAAGAUUGGUGGCCAUUUCCACAGGAAGCUUUCAACUAAUCAACAAUCACAUUCAAUUGGGGAUGAAAAUGGCAAACAUGAGGACUCAAACAAGCCUGACAAUCUAGACUCUGCUUUGCUAAAUCACAUGUCUACCGAUGAAUUGAUCAGUCAUUAUGAUUCCAAGAUAAUUGAGAUGAAAAGAAACCAUGAGUCUGAAGUCCAAGAGAUUACUGAAGAGAAUUUCCGUCUCAGGGGGAAACUUUAUAGAGAAAGAGGUUCUUCAUCACCAUUGAAGAAGGAUAAGGAGUUAGAGAUAUUGAGGAAAAAAAUUCCUGAUUUCAUUGCAAAAUUGGAUGCAGUUUUUGUUGGAAAUGAGAAACUGCACCCACUCGGUGAAAAAAUUGAGUCUGUCAACAGUUUAAAGGCUAGGCUGGAGUUACUACAUACUGAAAAUCACCAACUGCAGGACACACUUGUGGAUAAGGAAGAGGAAAUUAGAUGUCUUUCAUCACAGCUUUCAGAUGCUGUGGAGAAAUUGUCUCAAGAACAAUUGACUCAAAAGGACUUGGUACAUACUAUCCAUAAGCUUGAGGGUGAUAUGGGAGAUGCGCAUGCUGAGGUUGCGGUUAUUCAAGACAUAUAUAAAAGUGUUCUAGAAGAGAUUACGAGUGAAUUUAGAAGCAUUGCUGAAGAAUCACAUCUCAAGCAAACCAUCAUGGCUGAAGUGUUAGAAGUGGUAUUCAAAGAAGCUGCUCAUGAUGCUCAACCUUCCAGCAGAUUGGAAUUUGAGGAUGCGGAAAUGGAGUCUAUUAUCAUUCAAGGGCUGUUGGACCUAAUAUUUAAAGAAGCUCUACUGGAUGCUAACAAAGAAUCCCAAGAAUAUGAAGCUGCAGAAAUGAGGAAACUUGAGCAAGAGAUACUCAGGCUCACGUCAAUAGUGGAGGAAAAGACUUUGGUAGAACAGGAAGCAGCAGAGGCAUUGAUAUGUGAGAAGAAAAAUUUGGAGUUAGCUUCAGAAGAGCUGAACAGUUUGAGGGCCAAAACAAUUGACCAACAGAACGUAAUUUCAGAGAGCAAUAAAGAGUUGGAAGUGACUAAGGCUGAACUGGUCAAAGCACGGAAGAAAGUUGAGGAAUAUGAGGAGCAAAUGCAUGAGUUACGUCAAAACCUUGAACAAAGAACCAAGGAGCUUAGAGAAAUUGAUGAAGAAAGAAAGCUGCUUUGGUCUGCUUCAAAAGAGCAACAGCAUGCAUUAACACUAGCUGCUGAAAAGGAAAGGGAGACUAGGAAGCAAAUGGAAUCAGCAAUUGUUGUUGCUCAUAAUUUAUUGACAGCGUUUGCUAAAUUUGAAUCUAGAGUGAAUGAAGACAUUUCAAGAAAUAGCUUAAGGGUCGGAAACUUAAAUUCUGAGUUUCAAUUUCUUAACGACAAAGCUAGUAUGCUUAAAACCAUGGGGCUGCUGUACAAACAGAGGCUGGAAAUGCGAUGUUCUGACCUUCAAAAGGCUGAAGCAGAGGUUGAUCUGUUAGGGAAUGAUGUUGAUGCUCUUGUAAGCCUCCUUGAAAAGGUCUACAUUGCACUUGAUCAUUAUUCGCCCAUACUGCGCCAUUACCCUGGGGUUAUUGAGAUUCUGGAACUUGUAAGAAGAGAACUGAGUGGAGAGUCUAAAAAACCCGUUUGAUCGUAUUGUUAGCCAGAUACAGGAGAAUAGUUGUACAGUUCGUACAGGAAAAAAGUGCACACUUAAUGCGCAGCUGCUGGCUUUGAUUCCCCACAAGCAACAAAUUUUUGAGGAAAACAAGGACAGGAAAAAGUGCAACAGCUUGUGCAGUGAACGAUAAGAAGCUUCAUUUUUGUUUUUGGUAGUAGGUACACAAAUUUUUGAUGUUUUUUCUUGGUGACAUUCCAAUUUCCAUGCACCCGUUCCUUCUAGUAAAACCGCAAACUAGUCUUCCGUUUCUAAAAUGCAUGCAUAGUGCUGUUAGCUUUUCUGGUUCGCUAUUGGAUUUGUCGUUGUAUAUGUUCUUUAGUGCAUUCUGUAAAUUAUAAUAGGGAUUUUCUGGCGGGCUUGUCUAUAAAUUUGCGUGCGAUGUAGGUAUGUGUGUAUGGACUUCUUUUCCAUUUUCUGUUUUAUCCGCAUAGCAUUCG